GCUCGAGCUUGUCAAGGCGUCGGUGUGUGCGUUAUCGUUCAAACUGCUGAGGUGUAGGUUGAGACCCCACGGCUUUUCUCUGAAGAGCGGAAGGCUUCAUUCAAUAAUUUUAACAAAAUGAAGCGGAUUUGGUUUAUUGGGCUGCUCUGUGCACUUUUAGCAUUCGCAUCUGUGAGAGCAGAAGAUGACCUUGACAUCGACGGGACUGUGGAGGAUGAUCUGGGAAAGAGCAGAGAUGGAUCCAAGACAGAUGACGAGGUGGUGCAGAGAGAGGAGGAGUCUAUCCAGCUGGACGGGCUGAACGCAGCUCAGAUCAAAGAGAUUAGAGAGAAGUCAGAGAAACAUGUCUUCCAGGCAGAGGUCAAUCGCAUGAUGAAGCUCAUCAUCAACUCACUCUACAAGAACAAGGAGAUUUUCUUGAGGGAGUUGAUCUCCAACGCCUCUGAUGCUUUGGAUAAGAUCAGACUGAUGUCUCUGACCAAUGAGGAUGCGCUGGCAGCCAACGAGGAGCUCACCAUCAAGAUCAAGUCUGACAAGGAGAAAAACAUGCUCCACAUCACAGACACGGGCAUCGGCAUGACCAAAGACGACCUGGUUAGGAACCUGGGUACCAUCGCCAAGUCGGGCACCAGCGAGUUCCUGAACAAGAUGACGGAGGUUGAAAGUGAGGGCCAGUCCACCUCGGAGCUGAUUGGCCAGUUCGGCGUGGGCUUCUACUCCGCCUUCCUGGUUGCUGACAAGGUGAUCGUGUCUUCGAAGCACAACAACGGCACGCAGCACAUCUGGGAGUCCGACUCCAACGAGUUCAGCGUGAUCGAGGACCCCCGCGGAGACACCCUAGGAAGGGGCACCACUAUCACGUUGGUGAUGAAAGAGGAGGCUACAGACUACCUGGAGCUGGAGACAAUCAAGAACCUGGUCAGGAAGUACUCCCAGUUCAUCAAUUUCCCCAUCUACGUCUGGUCCAGCAAGACUGAGACUGUUGAGGAACCCAUCGACGAGGACGCUGAGGCAGAGGAGAAAGAAGCCACUGAGGAUGAGGUGGAGGUGGAGGAAGAGGAGGAGGAGGAGGAGGAGAAGGACAAGCCAAAGACCAAGAAGGUUGAGAAGACUGUGUGGGACUGGGAGCUGAUGAACGACAUCAAGCCGAUCUGGACGAGACCAGCCAAAGAAGUAGAGGAGGACGAGUACAAGGCCUUCUACAAGACCUUCUCCAAGGACACCGACGAGCCCCUGUCCCACAUCCACUUCACUGCCGAGGGUGAGGUCACCUUCAAGUCCAUCCUGUUUGUCCCCGCUGCCGCCCCCAGGGGCAUGUUCGACGAGUACGGAACCAAGAAGAACGACUUCAUCAAGCUGUUUGUCCGUAGAGUGUUCAUCACUGAUGACUUCAAUGACAUGAUGCCCAAAUACCUGAACUUUGUUAGGGGAGUGGUGGACUCUGAUGACCUGCCCCUGAACGUGUCCAGAGAAACCCUGCAGCAACACAAGCUGCUCAAGGUGAUCCGUAAGAAGCUGGUGCGUAAGACCCUGGACAUGAUAAAGAAGAUCGCAGAGGAGCAGUACAACGAGAAGUUCUGGAAGGAGUUUGGCACCAACAUCAAGCUGGGUGUGAUCGAGGACCACUCCAACAGGACCCGGCUGGCCAAGCUGCUGCGCUUCCAGACCUCCAACAGCGACACGGUGCUGGCCAGCCUGGAGCAGUACGUGGAGCGGAUGAAGGACAAGCAGGACAAGAUCUACUUCAUGGCCGGGACCAGCCGCAAGGAGGCGGAGUCUUCUCCCUUCGUAGAGAGUCUGUUGAAGAAGGGUUAUGAGGUCAUCUAUCUGACAGAGCCAGUGGAUGAGUACUGUGUCCAGGCCUUGCCAGAGUUCGACGGCAAGCGCUUCCAGAACGUGGCCAAGGAGGGCAUCAAGUUUGAUGAGAGUGACAAGGCCAAAGAGACAAGGGAGGCCCUUGAGAAGGAGUAUGAACCUCUCACCACCUGGAUGAAGGACAAUGCCCUCAAGGACAAGAUUGAGAAGGCCAUCCUGUCCCAGAGGCUGACCAAGUCCCCCUGUGCUCUUGUAGCCAGCCAGUACGGCUGGUCUGGUAACAUGGAAAGGAUCAUGAAGGCACAAGCCUACCAGACAGGGAAGGACAUCUCCACAAAUUAUUAUGCAAGCCAGAAGAAAACAUUUGAAAUCAACCCAAAGCACCCUCUCAUCAAGGAGAUGCUGAAACGUGUUUCUACGGACGCCGAGGACCAGACGGCCUCAGACCUGGCCAUGGUGCUGUUUGAGACGGCCACGCUGCGUUCAGGCUACCAGCUCCAAGACACCAAGGCCUACGGAAACCGGAUCGAGCGCAUGCUGCGGCUCAGUAUGAACGUGGACCUCGCCGAACAGGUUGAGGAGGAGCCGGAGGAGGAGCCGGAGGAGGAGCCUGAAGAGCCAGCGGAGGCUGAGGAAGAAGCUGAGGAGGAAAUUCCAGAUGAGGACGAAACGGCAACUGACAAAGAUGAAUUAUAAAGCACUGUAAAUGGGGGAGGGUGUAAUGAUGGACCAAUCCUGGAGCUGAGCCUCAACAAAGGCCAACCAAGUCCUAACUGGAAACCCAGACCGAAUUCCACUUCUGUUCAUGUUUGUCUCGCUCAUUAUCUGUGUGUUUUUAGUUAAGAGAAACAAUAGUGAAAAGUAGUGUGAUUCAGUCUGGCUAGCCACGACCACCACCGCCGGCUGGCUAGGAUACCCCAAUGGCCACCCAUCAAGACUAAGCCCGGUCCCAGAUCUGUUUGUGCCGUCUUGCCCAACAGAUCUGGGAUCAGGCUAAGUCAAGGCCAUCGGCCACACUUCACUCACUCUGCGGAGGGUCCUGAUGGGAUAAGAUUUUUUUUUUAAGGCUUGUGUUUUUGUUUCUGUUUUUGUUACAUUCCUCAUGAUUGUAAAUUUGUUAAUAUUUAACUGAGCUGUCUUUUGGAAAAGAGAAAAGAUGUGAUCGACACUGUCACUUGAUCCCAUUGAAUAAAUAUUUCCUUGAAAA